AUGGAUAUUCUUUGCCAAAGUCGUAUAAACCAUGAUGAAGACUUGGUUGGCUACCCAGAUGAUGAUCAAGGUGAAAACAUCGAAAGUCAAAGAGCGCAAAACAAGAGCAGGGAAGAUGGCGGUUUUGUUUUGAACGUCAACGCUUCAUACAUGCAAAUCGGUAGGCAAAACGACAUAAGUUUUGGUUCAGUGGAUAAAACUUCUGACAGCAAAGUAAAUGAAAGCGAUGAAAGUGGUCCCGUGCUGACAGGAUUUUGGAGACCAACUGGCAAAUUGAGCGUCGGUCGCAGUAGAAGUGGUUUUCCUGAUUGUAAAUACGACCACUUAGUUCAACUGUUGGCCCGUAAGAAUAAGCACACGAGAGAAGCUCUUGACAUCACAGAUAAUUACAAAAUAACCAUGACGGUAACUUACCAUGAAGCCAAUGAUAGCAGCUUUCAAAUGCCCGAUUAUCAGUGUAAACGCCUCAAAACUGAAACCCAAUGUGGUGUAAACCGAUCAAUGGUGGGUGUUGUUGGCUUCCUGUUUCGUUUUCACGAGCCUAACACAAAAUACAAGGUCACCUGUACGUUGCUUACAACUCCACCAAAAAGGAGAGGAAAAACUAAUAUUGCCAGAGAAACUGACGCUUGUCAAAAACUUAGUGAAAUUUCAGUCGUUUUAGAAACGGGAGAAAGAUCAAAACGGAAAUCAGAUAAGCCCAGUGAAAAGACGGAAGUGCGUAAGGUUCCACCGUCAUUUGCAUUGGGACAAGCUUCUUUGUCCAAGACUAAUGCAAAACUACUUGAACGAUCCAUUUCGGUGGUGAAUCAGUUACAAUCUCUCCGCAAUGAUGGAAAGUGGGAGGAUUUUGACAAGUUAUCGUGCGAUCUUCUCCAAAAGUUUCCUGACACCGACACGCAAAUUACUAUUAAACUGGAACAAGGAAUGGCUGCCCUUUAUACUAGUAGAAACGAUUUCGAGAGCGCUCGUCAUGUCUUUGAUGAAUCUUUCAAAUUAAUAUCACAAGCAAAAAAUGAAGAACUUCUAGCUGGCAGAGGCUACGGUUAUCUUGCGGGAAUCGCGAGGCGACAAAAGAAUUUGGGCGAGGCCACUAGUUUUAUGCAGCUUGCGGAGCAAAACAGCCAUAAGUGCAGUCACGCACUUCUCGAUAGAAGCUACAUCGCUUACGAGAAGGCUAGCGUUUUGCUCGAUUUUAUCGGACUUGCUCCUCAUAAAAGUCUUCAACAAGUGAAAGAGGCUCUGGAUAAUCUUAAAAGGUGCAUAGAUCUGUGUAAUCAACUGGAAAAGGAUGAUAAUGAUCUCCACAUACAAAGACACCACUUCGCCUUCAUUAAAAUUGCAAUGCUGUUGCUCGACUGUGGAACGGAUGCCGCGCGCGAACGCGUUCUUAGCGAGGAUUUGAUCGCAGAAGGUGAAGAGUAUUUGAUGACACUGAAAACCAAGUACUGGACAGAGGUCGCUGAAAGUGUUGAGAUUCAGUUUUAUCUAGCCAGCUCCGAUCUAGAAUAUCGUAAAAGAAACUAUCUGGAGGCAGAGAGGUUCGCUAAUUUAGCGAAGGACAAGGCGGAAAAUUUCGGAUUCAAUACAGAAAUUUCUCAGGCAGAAAAACGUCUAGGUCACAUCCGUGUUGUCGCAAACAUUGGAAGGAAUGGAAACGAUUCACGACUCUUUACACCAACAUCCGUAGCCGCGAGUGAAGGAGAUGAUGGUGACAUCAGUUGGUCAGCAUCAGAAUCUGAUUGGUUGCAGAAUUUAGACUAG